AUGACAGGCGGGGGUAUCGAACUGGAAGAGGGCUCUUGGGUGACGUUGAUUGACUUUCCUGAUCUGGAAGCGCUCGAAGGAUCUCUAAAAUUGAACGCAGGGCCUGCUCUGGAGAAGGUCUCGAUGCCAAAGUUGAAAGACUCUGAGACACUGUUUGGACGGUUUCCGCUUGACGUCGACUUGAACUUCCGAUCUUUGACGUCAGUCAAUGGUUUGGACAUAAUAAUCGGCAACUUCACAAGUUUGCAAUUCGAUUCGCUAGAGACCGUUUCUGGGGUACUGCAAGUUUGCAAUAGCGAGGACUGCGACUCCAAGGCGUUUCCAGCACACAGUACCAUGUAUAUCUCGCUCCCCGCAUUGGAAUCGCCCACUCGUUCCAUGUGGAGGGAAGGGCAUCGCAUCCCAAAGUUGAAUUCUAUUGUCGGCAUGGAUUCUGCUUCGAGAAUGGAGCAGGCGGCCACAGCGUUGGGCCUUGUGAUUGAUUUGACAGGCCCACCCGGGCAAGGCCUCACACUGCACUCAGAUGCAACGCUGAGCCUUGAACUACCAGUCGACGAGUUGCUAGCUCCUGGAUUGAUCCUUUCCGGGCGGAUUAGCAGCAUCCGCCUACCCAAUCUGAGUCACGGCUUUUUCAACAUCACGUCAGAGCUCGAACUAGAUUGCGAAUCACUCAUUGAUGGUGUCGUUGCGAAAUCCGGAAACGAGGCGAUCAGGGCAAAUGUCCACUGCACCAGCGCUGAUAGCGAGAGCUCAGCUCAGAAUGAUGACGGUGGGAUGGACGUGGGAUGGCGGGCAGGACUAUCGGUCAUUAUUGUUGCGGCGAUUGCUCUGCUAACCUUUCUGGGGCUCUGGGUUUAUAAGAGGCACAAGAGGAUCGUGCAAUCGAAAGCUCUGGCGGAGGAGCGUGAGCUGGGGACUGCUGUUUCACGGCCCCCUGCACGAGUUCCUGCCCCGGACGCGGUAGAUGACAUCGCACCUCCUCCUUAUACUGUGCCGCCGCCGUAUACUCCGCGGUCGGAGGUGGGGUAA